UCUGUUAUGUUAUGUUGUUAUGUCGUAAAUUCUGAUCUGAAGUGUUGUUUCUUGUUUCGUUGUUUGUUGUUUGUUGAUGCCGUUGACGAAUUCUGCUUUUUUACUUUUUAGUUUACACCUCCAGUCUGAAUUGUUCACAUUCAAGUUAAGGUAGUUCGUGAUAAAAAUUGUUAGUUUUUUUGGAAGGGUAAACUUCAUAAUGAUCAACUUGUACAGAUACAAAUCUCAUUAUUUUUCAAUUGAAAAUAUUUUGGCCUCUCAAGAAAGGGUUCCUUGUAAAUUUACAAAGAAGAUUUUAAACAUGGGCCAUCUAGAUCCCAGUUCGGAGACUAAAGACAUGGAGCAAGGAACAUCACUAGAGUUGCCUUACUGGAUUGUCAAAACGUUGUCUAACAGGGAAGUCAAUGUUCUUGAAGUUGAACCUCCAAAAAUAUUUAAAGAAAAUUAUAGGGACAUCUUAAAGGCUGAUGCAAAUGUUGUGGAUCUGCACAAAAUGUGCAAGUUUUUCUACCAGUUCGGCAAACUGCUGUCCUACAUCGAGACCUGGAAUGGGAGAGAAAUCCGCAAUAUGCUUGUGGAGACUUUCCGCAACAGAUUCCGUCAGUUGAUGGACUGGGCUCAGAACAUGUCAGCUGAUCAACAAAUCCUGGAUACAUUGGACCAUCUUGAGAAACAGGUGUUAACCCACGCUCGUGAAGCUCAAGCUAGACAAGACAGCUGGUUGGCCUGCGGAGUCAGUAUGAUCGUAGCAGCAGAAAUGAUCGUCAACCACAAGAAACGGAAACUGUCAGCCCUUGAUCUACGAUAGGAUACUACUGCGGAUAGUCGUAGUACUCACUCGUGCGGACGUUAAUCCACACCAGGGAAUAUCACAUCCACAGUGCAUGCCUAUAAAUAUCCACAAUUUGUAACCUCCGUAAUAUUACACUGGGUGAGUUUUUGAGCCGGACGUAAACACUUUUUACAUCUGUCGAUCAGAAAAAUACCUGAAAAUAAAAUUGUCUUCUGCUGAUUGAUAAGAAUGGCAAAUCUGCAGAAGAAUAUUUUAAUUUUAUAGUAUGAGCCUUAUAAUUCUCAACAGGCAAUUUAAAAAUAUAAAUAUGCAAAUUGUGAAGAAAAUGAUUGUUAUUAAGUUGGUAAAACAGAAAAAAAUGAGUAAUCGUUUUUGUCAAAAACCCUACUAAUUUCUGGUUUUAUUUGAAGUUUUCCUAAAGCUUUUUUAGUUUUCAAAGCUGUAUGGCCCAUCAUGAAUUUAUCGGUUGUACGUUUUCUUUGGUCUCAAAAGCUCGCUUGCUAUCCAUUAACUCAAGUGUUAUGAAACCGAUACUUUUGUUUAAAAAACAUUUAUAUACAUUAUAAUUUAAGAACAGAUUAUACUGAUUAAAUCACUGAAAAUAAAUAAAUAACAAAUUUAAAAAUUUAAUUGACUUGAAAAUGUUUUCAAACACUCACUUGUUAGGCUAUGUUUAACUGUUUAUA